UCGCGCAGGAAUUACGUUGGACGGUUGGCAGCCCUACAUAAAUAAAAGCGUAAAAAGCGUUUGUUUAUACAUAAAUCCGGACGCCUCAGAAUUUAAUAAAAUGGUUCGGAAUAAGAAAGAUCCUGCCGGCAAAAGCGGUUCUGACUCGGAGGCGUCAAACAAAGAAAAUAAGAAAGAAAGAGGCCGAGAUAAAGAAAAGAAAAAAAGGAAUGCGUCCUCAUCCAGUGACAGUUCUCGCAGCAGCUCAUCCAGCAGCAGUUCCCGCUCGUCCAGUGGCUCUUCAAGUUCUAGAAGCUCAUCUUCCUCUUCGGGAUCUUCAUCAAGGUCCAGUUCCAGCAGUUCUGGAUCGUCAAGCGGCUCAAGCUCUCCUAGGCGGGGUCGCAAACAAAAGAGGAAGGGAAGUGGAAGCAGAAGCCGUAGCCCAACUGACAAAAGGAAGGCUAUUGGUGCGGCCGCUGAAAAGGUCAAGGACAAAGACAAGAAGUCUGACGAAAAGCCGAAAGGCAGAGCAAAGUCAAAAUCUCGCUCUCGGUCAAGAUCUAGAUCAACUUCUGCAAAGCGCGCUGCUGCAGCUAAAAGAAGGCGGUCACCAACUCCAAAACCAAUUAAGAUCCACGUUGGAAAUUUGACUCGCAACGUCAACAAGGAGCACAUCACGGAGAUCUUCACCACUUUUGGGACAAUUAAAUUCUGCGACUUUGCAGUCGACCGUCUCAACAACAACAAAGGGUACUGCUUCAUCGAGUUCAACUCCCCUGAUGAUGCUGAGAAUGCAAUGAAGAACAUGGACGGGGGACAGAUUGACGGGCAGGAAAUAACCUGUGCUCCUGUCCUUGCUGUUACUCGUCCACCAAACCGAAGGCCUCCUAUCAGACGCUCUCCCAUACCAAGACGUUCUCCUCCCAGAUGGAAUCGAGGACCGCAGAGGUUCCGUGGAGGUGGCGGAGGAGGAGGACGCAGACCAUCUCCUCCUGGUCGGCGCCGUUCACCUAUCAGACGUCGUCCUCGUUCCCGAUCUCGUUCUCGCAGCCCAGCACGCAGGCGCCGUUACAGCCGAUCCAGCUCCAGCAGCUCUCGUUAAUCAAGCAAAAUUGUGUUUCCAAGUUCAAAUCACACACAAGGUGGCACCGGUGUGAAAGUUUUACUAGUUGCAUCACUGUGGCUGCAAUCAUUGAUGUCUUGUGUUUCUAGAUGGUAAUUUCAGCAUUUUAAGCAAACUAAAAUCUGUUGUCUGCAGUAACCUGUUGCAGACUGAACUUAUGGUAACUUUAGAAACUUGAACUUUAUUUCACUUUGUAUAUAAUUGAGCAAAAUUUUCAAUUAAACUUGACUAGAACAA